AUGUCCAAACCAAGUGCUGAUCAUCUCUCUAUAAUUAUAGACCAAAAGCUAGCUCGCUUAUCUCCAAUACCCUCGAAGCGUAACCUUUUCAGAGUGCAUAAUCCUCUCCGCAAGACAACUAUGAAGGUUUACGAACCCGAUAUACUUGCUAUUGGUCCUUAUCACCAUGGAAACCCCAACUUGUACGAGACGGAAGAACAGAAAUUUCGAAAUGUUGGUGGUUUCAAUGGUUUCAUAAAUUGUACCAUGGUGCACCAGGAAGCCGGAAUUCAAAUAAAGAAGGCCAAGGAAAGUACUACGAGUUUAUUGGAUAUUAGGUUCACCAAUGGAGUGUUGGAAAUCCCGCCUUUACAUAUGAAUGAUGCGACAGAAUCUCUCUUUGCAAAUCUAAUUGCAUACGAGCCGUAUCAUCCAGCAAACACUCCCAAAAGCGUAACUAAUUAUAUCAUUGUUAUGCAUUGUCUCAUCAAUUCCACAAAGGAUGUUGAGUUACUUCGUCACUGA